AUGAGGUUCCACCGUGAUGACAAUAAGAAGCCGGGUGUACCAGCAUGCCUACCGCGUCCGGCAAAGCCGUCGCUCCGCAGGUCUCAUCCGGGAGGAACAGCGGCGGCGGCGGCGGCGGCGGCGGCACGCGUCCUCGCGAGACGGCCGCCGACCAACCCAAUGAGGCGAGGGCCAGAGUUCCGCGCACCAAUAGCCGCACGGGGAGCCCUACCGCCGACUGCGCGCGCACGCCGCGGGCGCGCCCAUUGGCUGGUGGCAAGCCACGCCCCCAGCGGCCCAGUGCCCGACUGCCGACGAGCGCUAGCCGGUCAGACGCCGUCGGAGCCGCGGCGCGAGCGGAUGGUGCCCGAGGCACUGAGUCGCCGCUCAGCGUCCGCGGGCAUGCCGCGCGGCUUCUUGGUUCGCAGACACGACCACGGCCAGCUGCAGCCGCAGAGGCCGUCGGCCAUGGACGACGUCGCCGUGUACGGCUUCUCGCCGCUCAGUUCCUUGGUGGAACGGCUCGGCUUCGAGCACCGGCCGCCGCCCUACUACCUGGCCGCCUACUCGGAGCCGCUGGUCGUGACGCCGACGCCUCUCGACCUCUCACUCAAGCCGGCGCCGACGCCAAUCACGCCGCCGUCCACGCCGUCGCCUAGCUCGCCAGUGCGCAAGAGGCUACACUCGGACGACGCUCCGAAACAGCAGCAGCAGCAGUCGACGCCGAGCAAGGCCAAGACCGCGCCGGCGACGCCGAAGAAGACCAAGGCGGUGCGCCGGCUCACCUUCGACGAGGACAAGACGUCGCCCGUGUCGGGCACCAUCAUCCGCGAGCUGCGCGACGACGAGGCGCCGUUGGUGGUGCGCAAGGGCGACAUCGACCCCGCCUUCAACGUGGUCGAGAUCACCGAGGAGGCCAAGGCGGAGCUGGCCAAGAUCGAGAACCGCAUCGGCGACUACAUCUGCCGGCUGUGCCGGGAGAUGUACGAGGACGCGUUCGGGCUGGCACAGCACCGCUGCUCGCGCAUCGUGCACGUCGAGUACCGCUGCCCCGAGUGCGACAAGGUGUUCAACUGCCCCGCCAACCUGGCGUCGCACCGCCGCUGGCACAAACCGCGGCCGGCGGGCGGCGCCGUCGACCUGGUGGUCAAGAAGCCCGCGCCCGGCCCCGCCUCCUCGGAGGACGCCGCUGAGGACGGGGGCGACGUCUUCCCGUGCCCCGCCUGCCAGAAGCGCUUCCGCCGCCAGGCCUACCUGCGCAAACACCUCGCCACGCACGAGCAGACGGCCUCCGCCCCCGCGCCUCCUCCGCCCCCGCCGCCGGCCGCUUCAGCCUUCGGCGAGCCCGCCACGUCGCCUCUACCGCCCCCGCCGCCUCCGCCGCCGGCGGCCGCCUCGCCCCCGGCGGCCUCGGGGGCGGGCUUCCUGCUGCCGCCGCCGCCGCCGCUGCCGCUGCCUCCGCCUCCGCAGCCGCCCCCGUUCGCGGUCAACUGACAGCCGCUGUUGCUGGCGGCCGCCUGGCCGUACCGCCAGCACCCGCCGCCCCCGCGUCCCGUGCCGCUGCCGCCGCCGCCGCCGCCCUUCUGGAGGCUGCACAUGAUGUAGGUGAGCCACCGCGUCUCCCUCCUGCGGCCGUGUCGCAACCGAACUCUGCUCGAGCGGACCCCGAACAAUAUUCUGCCUUGCCCGCAACCGAUCUAGUCAUGCACCUUCUAGUCUUAUCUCAUAGUCUUUUACGCGAAAAGAAUUUAUCCCGAAAUCUUUAUUUCUAUAACUAAUCCUCAGCUGUGUUUCUUCUAGUCAUUAGAUACCUUUUACCUUAGUUACUAAGUGCACUGAAAACAUUAACUAUGUCAUCUCUAAUGUUUCCUAGACUUGAUUGAUUCAUGGUGUCCUUUCGGGUGUUCAUUCAAGUUGUUGAUUCCAUUGUAUGCAUAAAAUUGAAUACGCGAAAGGUAGCCAUUAAUACGCAAAGUGUGGAUGUACGAAAUUAGUAUCUUACACCCUUACAAAGUCGUUCACCAACUUUCUGUCACCGUUCAUGACGACAUUCAUUGUUGCAAUGUCUCUGUAAACCGAAACUGCUUCACAAAUCCAGAACAUUCACAUUUUGUUUUCUGCCAGGCAGAAUCUGUUAAGGUAUUAAUUUUUUCUCUAGUCAACAAACUCAGCGACAUUCGUAACCGGUCUAGUCAUGCAUGUUCUAGUCUUAUCUAUAUGGUCUUAUGUACUAAUGGAAUAUGCCCUGCGAACUUUGUUCCUACGGCUCAUUCUUGCUAUAUUAUAUUCUAGUCAUUAGAUGCCUAUUAUUUUAGUCAGUAGUCCCAACGUUUAAUUAUUAACAUUACUAUGAUCAAUAAAAGCGCAAACUGUGGAUGUACGAAACCCGUAUGCAAUACCAUCAUAAUCUCGUUCACCAACUUUCUAUUGCCUUUCAUGACGAUAGUUAUUAUUGAAAUUAUUCUGAAAACCAAUCACUGUUUCACAAACUCUAGAACAUCCACAUUUUGUGUCCAGUCACGCAGAAUCAGCUAAUAUAGUAACUUUGUCUCUAGUUAACAAACUUAGUGUCAUGGAGCUUCCAAACCUAGCCUAUGUUUUGUAUUAAUCUAGUCACUUUACGAACUUCAUUCUAGUCAUUGUAGCCAAAAGUCACUUUUAUAUCUAGUCAGUAAGGUUAGCUCCAGGGCUGCCAAAAACGCUUCUUGUCUCAUUAUAGUUUGCGCUGGGCUUAAGCCAUCUUCCAUAAUGUAAUCAGAACGGCCACUAGUGAAAACUGUCAUGUUUUACUUUUAAUCAGUGAGACCAGCUUCAAGACCUGCUCGAAUCAUUUCUCAUCAGUUCUCACUUUCCGCUGUAUUUAACUACAUAGUCGUAUUACAUAUUUCGAUCUAGUCAGUACCAUAAUAAUAUUGUCAGUCGUGUCAUUGACGAAGGGUCAUGAAUGCAGGAAAUAUUUCCAACUCUGUCUUUCUCUUAGUUUUUACUGGCCUUUAUUCUAGUCAUUCAGUGUAUUUCUUUCUAGUCAGUAAUACCAGCAGCAGCGUCAGUUACUCAGGAACUGUAUAAUGAUCUCAGUGUGAAUCAGUGGAACAUCUGUCUUGACACCUGUCCAUUCUGUUUGGUCGAAUAGUUUUCUAGUCCCUUCUAGUCAUUUAUAAGCAUAACACCCGUUAAAUAUGUAUAUCUACAUACGAUUAAAAAAAACGCAAUUAUUACUCUACUAAAGACGCAUAUUUUUCUAGGUGAAAUUUAUAAUGUGCAUUACUUUAAUUCUAGUCAUUUUUUGUUUGUUAUUUUAGGAAACACAGAGUUCUAUCCAUGCUCUAAAACUGCUAUUUUGCCAAAUGUCUUUCACAAUAGAAAUAAGUAUAUGUCAUAGCUUAAGUAACAAGUUUAUUGCAUCUAAUGUUAUCCAAUGUUAAUCUUAACGUAGUCUUAAACUAAGCAUUCUGAUUGUGGAAGCAACGAUCGAUGCUCCCGACCAGUCAUAAAAUUAGGAUGCCUCACACGGUUCAAAUAUGUUAGGUUAGCUCUAAAAGUCUCUUUACCACCGUAAUCCACUGUGAAGCAAAACUAUGUUAUCUGUCCUUCAGUUCUAGUCAUUUGCGAAGUUCCACACUAAGCAGUCAAUGUUUGGUUUCAGUAUCUAGUCGUGUCGUGCAAUCUUUGUGGUUAUCUAGUCGCGGUACCGUCUAUUUUGACCCAUAACGCUGAUCUCAUCUCAGUACAAAGGUUUUUCUAUUUGUGUUAGAAGUAAGACAUAUGUAUUUAUUAUUUUACAGCUAAUGGUGGAGGAAAUCGAUACGUAAAAUGUAACCUAUCAGGAAGUCACUGCACAUAAUUUCGUUACUAUUAGCUGUUCAUUCAUCGCUAAGUGCAAUAUUGAUUAUUAGGGAUCGUUUGCAACCAGUAUUUCAGAGAAAACUACGCUGUUCGUUCAGGUGGAGACACCGUUAAUUCGUUAUCUUGCAGUUCCUUCUCAUAUUAGCACGACAUAUUAGAUGUAUCCAUUUCCUACCGAUCGGUGAAAAUAUCUGUAAUAUUUUCAGCGUGCCCUCAAAAAGUACAUCACAUAUCUCCGCCAGUGUAAAUUCCAUUGGUACCCUGAACGAAAACUGACGGUGUUAUCGCUGCUCUAUCUGUCUCUGAAGAUACAGAAUACUUGUUAAUUAAUCAGUAUUUUUCUUCGUCAGUUGUAGAACACGGUGACGAAAACGAAAUUCAAAGUGUGCAAUAGUCUCUCGGUCCUAAGUACUUAAGUCGAAUUACGUUAGAGUCGAUGCAGACCAGUUUUAUUUAUGUGAUGCGUUUUCAUUGCUUUAUAGUUUUAUUUUUCUUAUAUUGUGUUAUCAUUGUUUUGACUGUUUUAUAAUUUGUUAUGCCAUUAUCAUUUCAGAUUUUAUGCAUGAUGCGAUCGACUUUAGGCACGGCAGGGUCGAUUACAAUUGCCAUAGACAGAUCAGAAUUAUUUUUAUAAUUUUGCAGUUUUUAGGUCAUUUUGUUCACUUUCUUUAUAAUUUUAUAAAUUCGCUUGACGUUUAUUUUUCGUAUGAUAGACCGGGGACAGUGCAAUUUCUGUUUAAGUCUCGCUUAUUUUUGCUUAGAAAACAUAAAAUUGUCAUUAAUUUUUGCGUAGAAAACUACUGAACAAACAGCAUCGGUAACGAAUUAUGUCUACAGUAAAUUUCGAAAGAAAUAGGGGCUAUGAAUGAAAUGACAGGAGCGUUGUGUAACGGGCAGGUCGGGCAACAGCAGCUUAGAGUAAACUUACAUUAUUUUCGAGCUGCGUUAAUUCCUGAUUGUUUGAUAGUCAGCUCUCGCCGUUAUUAUAGUGAAACCGAAUAAGUCAUUACUAGAGAGCUUCAGUUUUAUACCAGUGGGAGUUAUAGGCAAAGAACCACAUAGUAUAGAAAGAUAAGGCCGCGAAUAAAUCCAAAUAGAGGUACCCAAUAUGGAGACUUUGUCAUUGUCUAUAAAGACGUGUUUCACGAGAUCAGUAAUUCGAGACUUUAUUCUCUUGAUGUAACAUGUAUAGGUAAAUCUCCACAAACAGUCAGUAAUCACAUCGUCUUAAUAAUCGGUAAAACUGCUGUCUAAAUUUUGAUUGGUAACGCGAGGCAGGGUGCAGGGGUCCGAUCUCGUUUCCUUUUGCUUCGACCGGACGUCGAAGAAACUUUCUCCUAGAGGGGGACGUAAGUGUUUGUAAAUAGAACGCGUGUCCGUGGACGUAUAUUUUUAGCCGCGAGUACGGAAUCAUCUCCCGGAAAUCUUGAACGCGAUGGAUUCGCGCUGCCGCAUCGUUUGUCAGCGGCGCGAGGAAAGAGCCGCCCACGCGCGCGCUUUCCGAAAGGGACGUCGGCCAGUAGAGCGCAGAGCUUCUAUUGUAAAUAUUUUCGCGAGCGCCGAGUGCGGUACGGCGGGCCUGUGGUGAGGACGGGUGGCGGUCUCUGCUGUCAGGAUGGAAAUUAGUGCGACACGCGAGGGGGGUGCGGCAGGGGGUUGCUACGAGCGUGAGUCAGGGCGCGUGGCCAGGUGGUGGCAGGGAUGAAGGGUGCAGGGGUCCCUCCCCACUGACACACUGCCGCGCACCCAACCAAUUCCCGCGAUACACGCGAACCGGUAGCCUCAAUUACUCUCCCAUUAAAAACGUCCUCGCUAUCGACAGUCACCUGUAACUGAUCGAGGAUCUUUCUUUUAACCGCGUGGUCGUUGUUCCGUCUCCCCUAUAGACGUACAGGGACUGUUAAUAAAAUGUUGGAGUAGUGGAAGCAAAUGGAAACAUCUUAAAAUGCCGCAACUGUUUUACGUACCUACAAAAUCACCACUGAGGUUUAAACAUUUAUCGCUAUCUCGUCACGAGCUGACCACUGCCCUCUGCGUAGUAUUCUUCUGCCUUUCAAUUUGGAAUAUGCUGAGCGUAGAGCUUACGGUAAAGUAGUUGUGUCGUCACGAUUUCAUGCAAAAUACUCCGAAAAAUCUGCAGAACACCCCCACCUGCUGAGACGGCGUGAAACGCUCUUUUUCACGUACUUUUAUCAGCUUGAUGUACUAGUUCGUUGCUGGCCAUGGACGGACGGACACUUGCGUCAUCGUCGUGACAAUCACCUUUGCAGUCUUAAGCGACUGACGUCAUUCACGUUCAACACAUCCAGUCAUCUGUACGUGUACAGCGCAUAAUCAGCGACAAAUGUCGAAAGAUUUUAGAUUUUUUGCCACUUUCUUUCCUGGUCAUCAGUCUUCUGACUGGUUCGAUGCGGUUCACCAUGACUUCUCCUCUACUAACCUCUACAUCUCAGAGUGACACCUACGCCUAAAGUCCUCGAUUAUUUGUUAGAUAUAUUCCAAUCACUGUCUUGCGCUAGUUUUUACUCUUCACAACUCCCUCUAGUACCACGGAAUCUAUUCCCUGAUCCCUUAACACAAAUGUUAUCGUCUUAUCUCUUCUUCUGCUCGUUGUUUUCGAAAUACGACUUUCCCCGUUAAAUCUGCAGAUAACCUCCUUUCUUAUCUUACUAGUCCACCGAAUUUUCAACAACCUUCCGUAACACCACCUUUCAAACGCUUCGAUUAGUUUUUUCCUAUGAUUCCGCAGUCCGUGAUUUAAUUCCAUACAAUGCUGUGCUCCAGCCAUACAUUCUCAGAAACUUUUUCCAUGUUCUACGCCAUACUAUCGUGUUGCUACCACCUUCGUCAGCGCAGAGAAGUUCGUAGAUCCCUCUUUGAGAGAUACUCUUCAUAAAACCCUUCCGCUUUCUGUUGAGCGCUACCUAAACCGCUCAAAUAAGUAGCAUAGAAUAGAGAACACCUAAGGGAAAUACACUGCAAAGAUGUAUCGUAGAGCCGUUCAAGAGCUUCCACAAACGACCACUUUGCUCAAGAUGCGACCCCAGAAUUACGUCUUGAAGGCGCAAAUCCCACCCGAGAAUGGAACAGGAUAGAAACUACCAAGCAGUCCUUCUUCCAGUCAGAGACUGAUCCAGCAGAAAUAUCACGACGCAGUUAACAGCAAACAGUUAGUUCCCCGAGUAAGUGGUCAGUAUUGGCACCGAUGAUCUUGCUAAUCUGUCUUGAAAAACUCAUAUAGCGCAGCUGCUUUCGUAAAAUACCUGUAAUAACAGUCAGCAAAUAUUCUGCACUAUGUGCAAACGUGAAACUAACGAAGUCCCUAUUCGAGGGCAGUUGGGUCGGAUGAUAUUGUACAACUUCUUCAUCUUGAGCUGCCAUGUCCUCAUCGUCACACACUAUUCAGCCAAGUCAAAAAUUCUACGUUAAAAUUAAUAUUGUUCUAAAUCUGUUUGCUUUCGCUGUCCGCCUUUCGUUAUCGUCAAACUGUGAACAGUAACCCACCUUUUGUCGUAUUUUCCACUUCGGUAUUGUAAAGCUUGAGCCUACCAUUAGUGACUGCGAGUCAAAGUACUUGAGGAAAGCAAAUGUUACCUUAGGCUGAAAUCGAAUAUUCUUCUCACAAAAUUUCUUCUUUCGUUCAUGAUAACCAUGGCUCUCACUUCUCUUGAAGUUUCUGUUUGCUAGUAACGGCGUGGCAACGUCGCUUGCACCAGCACAGCAUUCUGUGAAUAUUUGUCUGACACGAAGAAGCAACCAGCACAAGCAGAAGAGCUAAGUUUUAUUUCAAUAGCUUGUUUUCCGUUUUCACUACAAUACGCACGAGAAUCGUGUUUUUGGCGAGUUUAGGCGCUCACUGCAGGUACCAGCACAGUUUGGUAGAGUUUCCGAAGGCACAAGCAUACGUUCUGCAUCUGUCUUCUGUCUUUGGUGGACUGUUGUCAGUCAUCCCGGACGUUCUCAUUUCGCUUAGCCAUUUGCUCUUGACCUCUUUGUCUUCCGCCUUUCACGAAACACACAAAUUUGAUUAUGCUUUCUCGGCAUUCCUUCAAUUAUGUACCUUAUAACCCUCAUAAAACGCAGAAAAGUCUGUUGUGUAGUAGCAACAAGUAUGACAAACUCGUCUUAUUCAGCAUUCAAACACCGUUCAACCAACGCCAUCUGCAGUUUUCGAAGAAACUGGUUCCGGUACGCUCGGUAGAUAUCUGGAACGCAGCUUUUGCUUAUGUCACGGGAAUGGGAAGAUGUAUCCACUGUCAUUUUACCCCAGCGCAGUUGGUCAUUCUUUUUUCGGUAAGCCUGGCAGAAAAUUGCAAUUCAGUCAUUUGAUGGUCGCACGGACAAUACGACAUUAUCAAUGGAAACGCUCAAUUAAGUUCGCUAGAAUCUCGAUUUUGAGUUCAUUUACAGAAGGGUAAUUUCCAGGAAUGAGAAAUUGAUAUGUUUCCAGCUCCACUACUCCAGAACUCUUACAGUUAUUUGAGUAAUCAUUUGGAUCUUAGAAUUUGCGUAUCAUAAAAGCGCCUACAAAUCACUGGGGAAGCAUUACGAUAUACGCACGAAUAAAACUAAAAGUUUCAUUGAUGCUAAUUGGAAAAAUGAUCUAAAUAGGAAUACACUCUGCCGCAGUGCGACGGAAUAACACCAAUGCACAAAGUAGUGGUAAGCAAAAGAAGAAAAUAUUUUUCCCCUGUACAAUCGUUGGGACAAUUGUGACAAAUUUUUUGAUGAAACUGCCUGUAUAUUUUUCGAGUUCAGUUACGUACAAAACUUAAGUACUGUUACGUGUCGGUAAUACAAAUGAUGCAGUCUUACCAAGUGCAGCACUACUUGCAGCUUGAGUGAGUGCGCGGAUAGAAAACAGAGAGUUUCCACGCUGUACAGUGAAGGGACUUAUCUUACACUCCUAGCUCGAGUGAAGCGAUAUUUUGUGUUCUCACUUGAAAUAGCGGGAGCGUAUUUCCAUAAUUUAAUUGGUCAGUGGGAAUUGUCCAGACAGCAAAUACUCCCCGAUUCCGUUGCGAUCUCAGCUCCAAUCGCGUUCUGCUCAUAACAGAGACCGCCCCUCCCUUGUCCUUUACCGUCGUAAGGCUCCGAGCACUUUCUGCGACGUUAUAACGUACAAAUUACUGUUAAGUUUUGUUUUAAAUAAAUUGCGUAAGUAAGAUGUAAUAUUAGCCAACUCCAUUCGGAGUAACUUUGGUUUAGAUAAUUCAGUAUAACCAUAUUGUGUAAUUGUCUUGAAGUUCUGCAUAAAUAAUGAUUUCAUGUUUCUUGUAAGUUUUUGCCCUCCAUUUAUUCCAAUAGUUAUUUGCUUGAACAGGAUACCUUAUAAAACAUAUCUGCUUCGAAUUAGUGUGUACUUAUGGUAUUUUUAUCUCGGUUAACUACAUAGUACUUAGAAGAGCAAUAUUAUAAUUUUCGUUUACUGUCUUGAAUAUAUAUAUAUAUAUAUAUAUAUAUAUAUAUAUAUAUAUAGUGCAACAGUCCAUUUACAAAAGUGAACUCUAAGGAAUAUCGUUAUGUGAACUUUUGAACAGUCUGUGGACCGGUGGUAAGUUAUAGAAACGAUUAUUCCAUUCCAUAAAAUUUUAUAUGUGACAUUCUCCGUCGGGGAAUUGUUAAAAUAGAAAACUAUUAUAUGUGUAUGUAAUUAUUAGAGUAACUUAAAGAACAAUAUAUGAAUGUUGAUUUUGAAUUUAGCGCGUGUCUGACGAGUAUUAUACUUGUUGGACGCGACGGUGUAAUAAACUGUUAAGCCGAACGACAGGGUAAUUGACACGUGCGUCCGAAACGGACGUUGUUAGUGAGUAGCCGCUGGUAUAGAUAUAGAUAUAGCCGCCGCAGGGCGCCCCGUAGCGGUGUGAGUGAGUGAGUGGCUGAGUGAAUGCGAAGCGACCCCUUCUGCUGGCGCUGGCGGCUGUUUAUUUUCGCGGUGCGUGACGUCAGCGGUGUGUCACUUGCGGCUGGCGCCUGCAGACCGGCUGCACGGCACGACAGUGGUGUCGUUUGGGCGUAGUCCCGCAGGCGCGCGUCAGAACUCGCGCUUAUUACAGCGUAGUCAGCUUACAGGGGCUGCGUACUUCAUGUGCACGCAUUUUCACGAAAGGGAAAGGUCUGUUUACUCUGCCACUAAUCCAAGAGGCUAAAUUGUUUGACACUGCAUCGAUUUCCUGAUACACUUUUCGAUUGCUGUCUGACAGAUUCCGGAUAAUGAGGGAUCAUUCACAUACCCUCUAAAGAAAAGCAAAUCGACAAUUUAAAAAUAUGAACCUAGAAAUUCGAAUGGCUUCAGAAAGAACAUAUAAAUUCAGUUAAUAAUAUAGACUUCUAUCUUUUCCACCAUAGUAUUAUUUAAAGGUGUGAUGUUUUAUAUCGUUCUGAUAUAAGAGCUCCUUAGAGUUUCAUGUAUGUUACAUAAAUUGCAUGUUUUAUACUCCGUCUAUUCAUAUCCUUAUCUUUACAUAUCUCGCAAAUCCUAAGCAUAUUGUCGUUUCGCCUCUCGCAAAUCUCUAACACUCGCAAAUUUCAGAUGGUCUCAGCCCUAAUCGUAUUCUGCUCACAGUAGAGGCCUCAUCUUGUAUCUUUUGUAAAUAAGACAGUUUUAGCUUCCAUUUAAUGUACAAAUUAUCAGUAAGUUAUUUGUAACGAAUCUGUAAUAGAAGAGAUUAUCUAAAAAACUGUGAGCUACUGCUGGAAUGAACCAUGUUCUUUCCGACAGUACAGCAAUACUUCUUUCAGAAGCUUUGAUGUGCCCAACGGUUGUAUUAGCACCCAGCGCGCCAGUUUUCAUAUUUCAGCAAAUUACAUGCGAUAUUUUUGACAUGUCUCUAAUAUUUCUUCUCACCCGUCCCGCAAAAUCAGCUGUUCCUCGACUUAUAUUUUCCUGGUAUUUUGAAAGACCUCUGGACUCUUUACCUUUUGACUAUUUUCAUUAAGAUGUGGGUUCUGAACACACGUAGUCUCAUUUUACAGAAACAGUCAACAUCUAAUUGUUUUCUAAGAAUACAACUUGAAUUUACUAGGCGCAUUUUAACUUGUUAUUUAUUUUCACGUUCCCCACCAUCAUUGAGAAGGACAUCUCGCCGAGCCAUAUCGUUUUCAUUCAUUCACACUUUUGAAGUCUUACAGUGUCUUCUAAGACACGCAUUUAUAAUCUUUCGCACACUCGGGUCAUUAUUUAAUUUGUAAUCCGUCAUUCUAACCCCCGCUUUCCAUGUAUUUGUUUUACGUAACUGACAAACGUGGCUGUGUGUGGGAAAUAAUUAAACAGAAUUAGGAACUUAAUUUCUUACAGAGUCGAGAACAGUAAUUAAGCCAACGGUUUUUUGUUUCUGGACUUAAAUCCUGUCCUCUUAGGUGGUAUCUGCCAUAAAUGAUAGCACAGAGACCUGUAUUUACUGUACUGCCUGCUCCUAAUAAAAGGACAUUGGAAUCUGUCUUCCGUGCCCUUUUUGCGGUCGACAACAGUGUAUCGACUCACUUCGAUUGUUGUACAACGCAAAGUUAAAUAUUCGCUCUAGAGCAAAGAUUUGUUUCUAUUGUAAACCAAUGAAAUAAAAAGCGCCGAAUCGAUAGUUAUCAUUCGUGGCAACAAACGAUUCAUAACAGUUUCUCAGGGUAGCAUGGGCACAUUUUUCCUUUCAUAGUCGGAAACCGUUGUAUUAGUGAGAUGAACUUCGUUCUUCAUAAUUCUUGUACUUAGGAAGUAUUAUUAAGCUGAGUGAGCCGUUAACAAAUAUUCGCGCAUUAUAAAAAUAGGAGGCUACUUUUAAGAUAUGAAAUUAAAGACAUACGUACGUGAUCGUAAUUACCGACUGAAUCACGCAUUCUUGUAAUAAGUUUGUCUCUACACAGUCUGUUUAUCACGACGAUGCGGAGACCCAUAUUUUAACAUUUGUUACUACAUGAAAUUGCUGAAUAUUAUGACGCUGUAAGAUACAGACUACGUGUAAAAGAUAUGGAGCUGUAGUGGUCGGCGUGGGCAUACCGUUGAGCAAAGGAUUAGUGGACGUAACCCCAACAAGAGUCUAUAACAGAGUAUUUUCUGAGUCACACUAUCACGAUAGUAAUUGGGCGCUGUCGAAAAAUCGACACACACUCUACUAUGUGAGUCGCUGCUUUUGAACGAAACGUGUCAAGAAACAUAUGGAACAAUGUAGAAAUUAGUUCACGGUUGGUUUCAUAAGCGAAGAGUUAAUUAAGGGACGCGUUUCACAGCGACAAGGCUACUGAAAGUUAGUGCUAGUGAGGCGGGAGUAAACCUGUUCGAAAGGGCAGAAGUAAGAAGAGAGGCGAACCUGAGGUUAGACAGUUCGGCAGCGACUUCGCGACAUUGUUUCCUGGUGACUAAUGAUUGUGAGUUAUCACGUCCAGCUGCUAUCUGUGGCACACGGGCGGCUCUACGCUACUCAAACACUGCUCUUAUGUUCUCCAGAACAUUUCGUGUUUUCUAUUUUCAUCGUCAGCUUCACACGUGGCAGCAAAUAAAACGAGAUGGCUUUUAAUUUUGAGAGAAUAACACUUCGGAUGCAGUUAAGCAUAGGAAUAACUGCGAAUAUAAACUGGCGAUGUUUAACUUCCUCCUGUUACUGAAUACUUGUUUCUUGCAUCGACAUUUUAACCAGUUGACAAAAAUAGGAUUCGUGUUACGUUAAAGUGAGAGUACAGAUACACUGAUUUUCCACCAAGGGAGACGACGAACAUUCAGUAGCAGAGGAAAUAAAAACACAGUAAGGUCAAAGUUACGGUUAUUCUUACAUCAGUAACGUCAUCGUUGUCGUGUUAACCGCCGUCUCUUGUCGUUUAACGCUAAGUAAAUAAUUGAAGCCAAUGUAAGCUGAAAACGCGCAUUCUGCUCCUUCAAAAUAGAGUUUACUUCUGGAAUGCGGCAGACGUAGCAGAAGCAAUGAAUAUAUUUGUUCACUUUCGGGUUACUCGUCACCGCGGCUCUGCAGCAUUUUACAGACAGCUUUGCUCGUCACGACUGUUAGUGAAUUAACUUUUUUCCCGAUCACAAUUUUGGAUAGUUUGCCAUGAUGCAGUAGCAGCUCACUGCGAAGUGCUUCAGUGAAUUACUGUUAACAGUACACCGUCAUUGUGUCAACCGUAUGUACAUACUUGAUAACACGUUGGUAUUCUUGUGGUCUUCAGUCAGUAGGGCCUAUGAUGCAGCUCUGCGCGCUGAUUUAUCCUAUGCAAGUCUCUUCAUCUGUGCAUAGCCAGUACAGCCUGCCAACUUCAUUCAUCCCUUGGUCUCUCUCUACAAUUUUUAGCCCCCCACCCGCACUUCCAUCCAAUACCAAAUUGGCGAUUCCUUGAUGCCUUAGCAUCUGUUCCAUCAACAGAUCCAAUCUUUUAGUCAAGUUGUACCUUAAAUUUUUUUCUAGUUUCCCCAAUUCAGUUGUAUACCUCCUCAUUUGCUAUUAGAUCUAGCCAUCUAAUUUAUUCUGCAGGACCACAUUACAAAACCGUCUGUUCUCUUCUUGACUGAGCUGCUAGCCGUCCACGUUUCACUUCUGUACACGUCUGUACUCCAUACAAAUACCCUGAGGAAGAUUUCCUGACACAUUUACAUUAUAUUUCAAGAAAUUUCUCCAUUUCAGAGCGUUUUUCUUGGUACUAACAGCCUGUUUUUUAUAUCCUAUGUGUUUCGGACAAGAUAAAUUAUUUCGCUGCACAAAUAGCGAAACUAUCAACUACUUUUAGUGUCUAAUUUCAUCAUGUAAUUCCCUCAGCAUCGCUUGAAUUAGACUACAUUCCAUUACCGUUGUUUUACUUUUGUCAGUGACCAUCUUAUAGUAGUGUGCGAAAAAAAUCUCGUCAUCUACAGAAAAUGAUGUAGCACUGUAUAUAAUAAUUCUUAUCGAAUUCACAUAAAUUCGAUCCAAACACUUCACACCCAGUGAUAAAAAGAAGUGCGGUAUUUACAGGAAUGCGAUAACUGUUAUUACAGCAAGGGCUACGUCAUUUUAUAUUGAUGACAAGGAAUUCUGUUUUCUUGUGGAUAUGAAGUGAAGACGAUCAACUGGUAACAGUAAUGAAUAUGCAUGGACACAUUUGACAGUAAGCUGUUUCUUAGAAUAAAGGAAAUGUAUUCACAACUGCCAAUAUGAACCACCAUCGGCUUUUAUACAGGAAUAACGACAGUCAAAAUUUGUGGCUGACCGGGACUCGAACCCGGAUUUACGCGAACGGUCGCCUUAACCUCUUUGGCUACCCGUGCACGAAUCACGGUCAGAACCAAACUUCCAUAUGUCGUCGGCCUUGUAUCCCAACCUGGAUUCGUACGAUUACGUAUAUUCUUGUCCAGGAAUGACACAUUUAUUGAGAGCCAAGGGCCCGGUAUUGGCGAAUAAAUACGAAAUAGCAGUGGCAGUGUUAUUAAGAAGUAAGUCGCAACGUUCCCUCGGACAUGCAUGUAUUCCAAAGCAACAUUGCAUGGUACUUCUUAUUAACCCGGGUAAAGCUAUUUCAUAUUGAUUAGGAGUGGUACAAUAGCUGAAAUCGCGAUGGCAGAUGAAUAAGUUCAGUAGCAUUCCAGAUGGAAGCGUGUUGGCGUUUUUAAAUAUAAAGUAAGUGCUGAAUAGAGCAACGGCCCAAAGAAAGAUUCGCGGAGGGGUCACAGCACUGACUGCCCCACUCCGGCCGACGUGCGUGACGCCGCGAAGAGCUGAGCGGAGUAAUUCGGAGGCGGCCGGCAGCGGCGCGUGAAUCAGUGGACGUCCCGCGCUCUGUGCGGAUCGCCGGCGGCGUCGGCGGCGCCGCGACGGCGGGCGCCGGUUCGCGUGCGGCGCCUGCCUCCGCCCCCGCCGCCCCCGCUCCUGCCUCCGCCGCCGCCGCCCUCGCGGCCGCGUGCCACGCUGACCGCCAAAUUGAGUCUCCCCUCCCUCACCGCUAAAUCACAACGGUGGGGUGAGCGGGAACUGCGAACCCUGCGCGCUUCCGACUCGCCCGCCGCGCCUUGUUGAGUAUUCUUUGCUGGGUUCAACAAGUGAUACUGGGAAGCGAGGCGCGAAGGAGAGAUUCGGCUGCACGCGCUACAGCGACUUAUUCGUGCGAGGGUAUAAAUAAAGCAGGCAGCGAAGAGCAACUUGUUCUGAUCACCUCAGCACCUCCACAUCAAAAUUUACGGUUCGCAGCCGUUUGCUCACUGGAAUAGAACGUCUCUGUCGCCUAAAGCUGAGUGCUGGGCAGGGAAAAGAACCCGGACCUUUGCCUCUCUUGGGCUACAUCUUACUGUAUAAAGAGUGUCAACGCGCCUCUCAUCCCUAACUAGCCCACUGGCAAGAUAGAAGUUUUAAGUCGCGACAUUUUCUCAUCGCUUAGACACUAGAAAAUCGUGCGUGGAAAUCAAGGUUCAUGAUUCGUGACCAUGACAAUCAGUCAUAAACGUUCGAUAGACAUGGACGUACGUAAUAGUUCUUUUCGCUUCCACAGCGAUGAAAGCGACGGAGUCGUGAGCUGCUGCACUUUACACCAAGGAAAAUAAAUACUUUCAGGAAACGUUUGCGCAAUUGCGAAUGUGAACCACAAUCGGCUAUGUAUUUGAAUGACGACAGUGACAAUUUGUGCCGGACCGGGACUCCCGCAUUCCGCGAACUGUCGCCUUAACCACUUCUGCUACCCGUGCACGAAUCACAGCCAGACCCAAACUUCCAUGCAACACAGACACUGCUAUUUCGUAUUGCAAGGGAGUGGCACAGUAACUGAAAUCGCCAUUGUAGAUAAAUAUUUUCGGUGGCGUUCCAGAUCGAAACAUGUUGGCUUCUGCUAUCCGUGCAUGACUCACGGCUAUACCGAAGCAUUCUGUAUGUCGUCCAUGUGUCACAGCCUGCACUGGUACGUUACGUAUAUUUCCGAACAGGGAGUACAUAUUUAUUGGGCGCCCAGGGCCUGGUAUUGGUGAAUAAAUACGAAAUAGGAGUGCCUACGUUAUUAAGAAAUAUGGUACAACGUUUCCUCGGACAUGCGUGAAUGUCCGAAGAAACACUGCAUCGUACACAGACGCUGCUGUUUCGUAUUAUGUUUAUCUCCAUAAAGUAGUAUUUAUUGUUGUUCUCUAAUUUUAAUCGUCUCAGAGCUUCAGAGAUUCCAUCUCGAAAUCCUAAUGCCGAUACGGAAGUAUUUCGUCAGUCGAGGUGUACCAUACUCGUUGACGGACAGUUUCCGCUUAAUAUUCAUGUAAUAUACUUGCGGAUGUAUGAACACUGAUUCCAUCGUCACAUGACUGAGAAUGAACCCAUGUAGCUUUCGUAUCGAUUGUAUUAGCGUGAAACAAUGAUUACAACUGUUUAGGAGUAAUAAUUUACAAAAAAGGAAAUAAAUAGUACUUAUUUUCCGUACUGGAAAAUACUGGAGAUAAUAGGCUUAUACCCUGCCUUUCCUCCUAUCAGUGAAGUACGUUAUUCAGUCUUUUAGUUACAGACUUUCUUCUAGACCUGGCACUUUUCUCCUGCACCAUGCCACUCAAAGGGAAAGAGCCACGUUAAACCCCAAGAAAACUUCAGGAGUAACAGACCUUUUGAUCAGUUUCGCGCCACUUGAAUACCUCUACCACUAGUUCACCUCGUCGCACUUGACCAGAGUAUUCCAAUAUCCACAGCAUAAUUACGAACCACAUCCACUGGGCAUAUACCGGUUGUUAUAGAUGGUCUUGUGUCGUGUAUACUGGCGCUAAAUGGUAGGUGAUCACAUCCAACGAAGAGCACACCUUUCUAAUGGCCGCUGGCCUUCCUCAAACUGCAGUCUGAGAAAAAUGCUUUUAGAUUGACAACGUGAUCGUUAAAUCACAUUAAAUUUCAGGAAAAUAGUCCUGACCUGAAGAAAUCUCUUAACAAACUGCACUUGCUAUUAAGAAACCGCGAAGAGUUUGCACCACGAGGUCAUUAUUUACGAAGAGAGAGGAUGUCUCUGUUAUUAGAAGAGAUUAGAUAAAUGUCGUUUUGGUUGAUUUAUUGUAACAGUUUCCAGCUAUUACAACACAAUACUUCAGCUGAAAGAUGGCGGGGCAGGGAUAGAGAAAUAACAGCUCUGUACAUCUGCUUCCCCGGAAAUUGCAGUAUUUGUGAAAAUUGUCGGGAGUUCGUCACUUUCUACGAGAGCAUAUUAUUGUUUGGUUGACAGAAAUUGCUAGUAUAGGUAGUUUGGUGCUGUACAUCUCAUUAACAGACAUUGGAAACACGUGUAAAAAUAAAUGCUCAAGGACGCUUUCGAGAAUUAUUCGCCAUUGUCUGUGACUCUCCAAUAAAAGCUGUAAUUACUACGAAUGCACAAACAUACUGUUCAGCCUCACAUAAUAGCUUUCCAUUUCUUAUUUGAGCCCAUUCCAAAAUUUACCUUCGCUAAACCCACAAUAUGCCGAAAUGAUCAUCUUCUGAUGUGUUUCUUUGCUGUUUGCUUGGGUCUAUAAACGUUCAUUAUUUCAGAAACAACAACAUAAUCCACCUGCUCUUUUAUUAUGUUUAUUUUCGAGUGAUCAUUCAACAGUACCUCGUCAGUAUAUAUUCUGAUCUACUAAGAGGAGUUCGUCCUCACGUACAACCACAUUUACAUAUUUCACUUCUUCAGUACAACAACGAAGGUAAAGUGAAAUGUGUUCGACACCCUACCUAAUGAGCAUGUAUUGACUCACUUCGUGUUAACACUUGCAAAUGGCACUCACGCCGAAAUCGCGAAUGUGAUAGAACUAAAUCAGGUAAACAAUCCAGAUGCAGCAAGUUUUCGUUCCUUAGGACGUGAAAAGCAACUGUAUGCAGUUUGUGUUCUACAGAACAUUACACAGCAGUGAGACAGCUGUUUAUCAGCGUUGACAAAGGCUCGAAGCUGAUGCGUCCGCACUGUUCCCAGGUUCGAAAGGCUGUUUCCAAAGAUUCAUUAUAACGCUGUUAUGCUGAUCGAUGUCAUGAGCGCAGAAGAGAGAUAUCCGGGCACAACUUACUCUGCUGUUGUUUCAGUCUUCAGUCCGAAGACCUGUUUGGUACAGCUCUUCUCUCUGGUCUAUCCUGUGUAGCCUUAUUCAUCUCUGCAUAACCACUGCAACUUAAAUCGAUUUAAACAGCUUGCUGUACUCGAUCGUUGGUCUUCCUGUACAGUUUCUACCCGGCAUACUUCUCUCUAUUACCAAAUUAACUUUUACUUGAUGCCUCCGGAUGUUUCAUACCAACCGAUCUCUCGUUUUAGUCACGUUGUGUCGUAAAUUCAUUUUUUCCAAUUCACUUCAGUAGUUCCUCGUUAAUAAGAGUACGAUCUACCCCUCUAAUCUCCAGCGUUCUCGCGUUGCACGACAUGCUCUACACUGCGAAUAACAUGUACGAAGCCUUCACCAUGGAUCGCUCCAAAGUCCGUUUACAAGCCACAAAUGACUUACAACACACCGCGUCAUCGGCAAGUAACUUACGACCUGUGCAGGGACAGUUACCGAGUAAUUUCGGGGGCUUCGCACAUUAAAUUCGCAAAUGUUUAGGGCCAAACCAGAUGGUCGUAGGCGGCCCGGACGCAGCUAAUCCCCGACACGAGGGCAGGCCUAACGCUGUGCGUGGCGAGGCCUCGGCCGAAAUGUGGGCCAGAUAGCGACCCGCUGAUCGAUCAAGCACUCGGGACGCGCGCAGGACGCACCGCGCCGAGUGUUAAGUGGGCGUGCCGAUGCCCACGCCAAUGCCGCCUGCUUCUAUCGCAGCCUGAGCUUCGGGCGUUCCCACUGUACAGAACAGCUGAUUUUCCCACUAAUUUCUGACAUUUAUUUCAGUUCCUUGACUAAUUGAUAAGGGCAAAGAGCAAUACCAAUAUCAGGGGCGGAACGAGACUGGUGUGUUCCCUAAGUUACGGUUCAAAACUAGACGCGUUUGAGUGAAUCGAAUAUUAAAUUUGCACAGGCGGGUGAUAGAAUCGCAACAUAAGCCAGAAUUAUAAAGCUUCGCUUCAUCCAGAGCCUACGCUGUUUUCCUUUUCCUGAGAGCGAGCCCCACCCCAACCCCCGUUGUCCAUGGUUAAAGGCGCUCUAGACUGAGGGAUUAUUACGAACAACAAGCGAACCAGACAACUUGGCAUUUUCUGUUAAAAUUUUGCGGCUUUAAGUCGUCAUCACAGCAUAAAACUAUUCACAAACGUUUUGCCUCUCUCUGCGGAGGACACCUUCAGAGAUGAAAGACUGGAAACUGUAUGCAAUAAGAAAAGCUCAUGAGGAGGAAAUUCCGUACAAAUUCCCUCUGAGCUUAUAUGCAGUUGGUAAUGUUCAGCCUCUGAAGAUAUCUUUCAGAGGUUUGGUCGAAACUUUAGUGCAUUUUUUCAUGCCUCGAUAACGGCUUCUCAGCCCCGGUAGUUUUUGGCAGAAGUAAACAACGGCAGUGAAAACUUUCGUCGUAUUAAAUUAACAUCUUAUCUUGCUGCUCGUAGGAUGUAAUCAUUCUCGAAAGUUUAGGAGGCACCGAAAACCAUUUAAUCCCGAAUUGCCGUGUUUCCGACCCUACCACUUCGCCUGAGACUGGUAAGCCCAUCUUCUGCAUGAAAUAACGAGUCUGCCACCAUAAAUUUAACGUGCCAACACUAUUAUCCGGGAAGAGCAGACUGCUGCAGUAGACCAGUUUGAACCUGCCAGUCGGGAAUUUCGUCGGCAACCUUUGGCGGCAGGCUUCGUCCUUCCGAAGGAAUUACGUCGAGAGCCGCUCAGAAAUUACCGGGUAAGCCGCCUUCGCAGCAAGAUUGGCGCGGCGCCUCGGCGUUCUUGAGGAGAGCGAGGAGGUUAGCGGACACAGGCCGCAGCACGGAAUGCGGCGGUAAGCGGCUUUGAGCGGCGGCCAGGCGCCAGCUCCCACGACCCCCGCAGGCUUCGCAGAAUCUCUGCCAGCGCCCCCACAUACGCAACAAAAGUCCGCCGCACACACAAAUAAACCCUGCUUCGUGCGUUGUUGGAAUUCUCAUAUACCCGAGCGUUCAAUACAGGCACUACUUUACUUCGCUCGGCAUUUUUAAAGGUUAUUUUUGCAAAUACGAAACGUGAAAUACUGAAAUUCGAAAAGUAUUCCCAGCUGAGCAUGCAUUUUCUUGGAAUCGCACAGAAAGACUCGACAUGCUGUCUGACAACGAAAAAAAAAAAAAAAAGAUUUCUAUACUGCUGAACCACAGACAUACAGUAUUUUUUGAAAGAAUACACCGCCAUUUGACUGUAUAUUACUGUAUUUUUCUUCUGCACGAUCUAGGCUUCGGCUUUUACACCAUUAUCAAGUACAAUGUUCUUAGAUCAUUAACAAGUCAUAUCUGGUAAAAUCAGCCUAUGCAGGUAAAUACAAGUCUUAUAUUUACCGUCUUUGGGCUGACUUUACCAGAUAUGACGUGUUAAUGGUCCAAUAACACUGUACUUGAUAAUGGCGUAAAAACUGAAACCUAGAUUGCACAGAAGAAAAAUAUGGCAAUAUACAGUCAAAUGGCGGUGUAUUCUUAAAAAAAAAGAAAACGUAAUAUUGUGUUUUUCUUCGAUUCCAGCUAGUGAAAAUCGCGCAUCGUUCUCCACAGGGCGUUUAGCAACCAGCCCGCAUUUUUCCCCGUUUGAAUAACUCAGCAAUUCUGUUUAAACAACACACGCAGCACCUACAAGACAGCUACAGUGCCAUCUCUUCGUAAAUAUGUAACUACUCAUUUUAGUUUUACAAAACACACCCCACAAAUUUCCCUCGAAAAUCAUAUCGCCCUAAUGACUUUUACCUUUACAAUUAUGGGCAGCUUCCUGUUUACUUUGUCGUUUACUAUUUGAUAACGCUUUAUUUGUAUAGCGGAACGAAUGGUCAUGCUUCAUGGAAAGCGAACACUACUUAGAGUUAUUUUUACCGAACGAUGCUUCUACGAUUAAUAUCCGUACAUGUUACUGAAUAAUUGGUAUCUUAUUAUUUACGAUCUCUUACCGUUGUCUCGCUCCAAUAAAUUUACAAUAACAUUCUUGCUGGAGAAUAGUUGAUUGCGUCAGAUUUCACUGACUCUCUUUCCCUUCAUAAAAAUUUAAAAUACAAACACAACUCUUUCAGAACCAAUUGAAUAUACCACAUCUCUAUAAAAAAAUUAUGGAAGUAUAAAAAAAACUGAAUACCUUGGAUUCAACAGUCAUCUUCAACACUUGCUGCUGUCAGUAACGCAGUUAAGAGGAAACCCAUUACAAAUUAGUUGCUCCAUUUUCUUUAUUACGACCAAAGAGUUUCAGUUCGUUGCGCAGAUAAAACGUCAGUGAUAAUGUAGUUUCAUUUGUAUUUCUCUUCCACGCCCGUCCUGCUAUCACAAGAUCAGUUACAUGCCUAUGGUCAGGCUUUUCUUCAACUAUAACCAUUCUCUUUGUGUGAAACAGUUACGGCACACUUCGCGAAGAAACGAGUGCUGCAAAUUCCGUUAAACAUUGCAUAAUAUGAGUUAAACUGACGACAUCUGUGUUAACUCUAACAGGUUAUGUUCUUAUAUAGCCGCACAACGGAUCAUUUUCUUUAAGCCUGAUACGUUUAGAAUAAUGUUAGGCCUAUGACGCAAUAUUUUGAACUGUGAAGAUUUCUUGUAGCUUGCACAUAGUUUUACCAGUCCUUCUGCCUCUUCUUCACUAUAGCAAAGCUAAAUAUCCAAAUUCUGAAGCCUAGGCAUUGUUAGGAGACAAUAAAAGCCUCGUAAUUUGUUACGCUUCAUUGACUUAAUGUUUCUGGCAUAAAUAAAUAAAAACUUCAUGUUAACAUAGCGAAUAUUGAUUGAUGUUAUGCGGUAUGUAAAUAGAGGAAAAAGUGUAUCAAUACCAUAUCAAAUAAACCUCUUCCCGUACUGCGAGCUGUUUUCCAUUUCAAUUGUGGUUGUACUUCAGGUCUGCUUCCUAGCCUAAGUCGUUGAAGUUGUAAUAAAAAUAGUAGUAAUCAGCGUAAUACUUAGAACAGUACAGUAAAGUAGGUGGUGGCAAAGUUUCGUUCUUGUUAAAUUUUGAGUCCCUUAUUUUUAUAUCUUGUCCUUAAUAAGUUUUCAACGACACACAGGUAAUUGACCAAUAUUGAGGCAAAAAUUUAAUAAUAUUCAAGUGGGUCAAUGCGCGUGAUGAUAAGUAACCAGCACUCUGACAGCUGUUGAUGAUUAAUUGCUAUAACGCUUUUUCUACGUGUGAGCUGCACCAGCUAAUGCCGAUAAAUGGCGAAUGAAGUCCUAGUUGAGACUGGCAGCCGCAGCGUUGCGUUUAGGGAAGGUGUCGCAUAGGUGUGGAUGAGUGCGUAACUGAGAGUGACUGAGUGCGUGAGCCAUUCCUUAAGCAGCCGCGAUCGGCGCGAACGAGUGUCCUCUAGUCAAACCGUAGUGAACCACAGACGUGCACGAGGUGGCUCAUCUCAGAGCUGAAGCUAGUCCAGUGCCAAACUGACCGCCAGUUGCACCAGUCGAACCUGAUGAAAGGGUCUUCCUCACCUAGUCUGAUCUCUGUCUGUGGGUUAGUCAGUAGUUAUAAGUAAGCUAAGCUUCAUUUUCUAGUCUAAUAGGAAAUAAUUGUAGUUGACCGUAACUCCUGUACUUUUUUCUGAGUGAAUUGUUUCUCGUCGUCUGAAAAUGACGCCCUUGUUACUGCGUAGUUAUGCUCUUGUUGAUGUCAAAUUGGCUCACAUAAAGUUACAUACUCGUUGUCUGUAAAUAACUGUACUGUAAUAUUUUUCACUUUAUGUGGGAUGCAUUUCUGGAUAUAUGUGUAAUUAAAUGUCAAUAUGUGUAAAAUGAAUAAAAUAUAAAAUGUAAAUAUGUGUUUCUGUGACAAGAUUGUGAUCUUGAGCAACAAUCAAUGUAAGUGAAUUUGAAACAAAUAAAGAAUGUUCUUCCAAUAUA